ACUCCAUCGUCGUGCCUGGCAGGGCCCGCGUGUGCGCCGCGGGCUGACAGGGCCGGCGCGCACGCAAAAUGGGUUCGCAGCACGCCCACACCCCGCGCAAACUCUCUCAUCGGACGGACACAAACGAAGCCCAAACUCAAACCGGACGGACCACAGACGACUCUCGGGGAGCCUGGAACGAGUUCAACUCGGAGAGCCUCUCCUCUGGAAACCCUUCCUCCCCGCGGCCUUGCCCUGCUCUCAAACCUCUUUCAAGCCGACACGCCUCCUCCUCCCCUCCGAACCGACCCAAACCCAGCAACCCUACGCAGCGAGCAGCGGCAAUGGGGGGCGCCGCCGACCUGGUGCUGAAGGCGGCGUGCGACGCCUGCGGCAAGGCGUCCGAGCUCUACAGCACCGCCUGCCGCCACGCCACCCUCUGCAACUCCUGCGCCGCCACCAUGGCGCGCUCGCGCGCGCGCUGCAACGUCUGCGCCGCCCCCAUCACCAACGUCAUCCGGGUACCCGCGACGGCCCUAGGUUUUCGAUUCCGCGAUCAAUGCCAUUACCGCUGCCGCCGCCGCCGCCGCCGCGCUUGGCAGUUUUCGGCUCUGUUGUCCCUGACCGUUUUGUUUGUUCCAACGGCCACGCAGGAGUACAAUGUUCGGGUCGAUACCACCGCGGGGAAGGCCCUUUCCAUAGCCAAAUUCAACACCGGCGUGCCGCCCUUCUCCAAGAUGAAGGGUGCGGGGAACAAGUGGUCUCUUCGUAAGGAUGGCCUGACGCAAGGCCGGCAGCUUACUGCCGAUAUGCGGGAGAAGUACUACAACAGAAAGCCAUGGAUAUUGGAAGAUGACACAGGUGAACAUCAGUACCAAAGUCAACUUGAGGCAUCACAAUCUGCAACUGCUACAUACUAUCUGCUGAUUAGGCGUGGCAAGGAGUUCGAUGCUGUUCCUGUUGGUUCAUGGUAUAACUUCAGUAAAAUUGCACAGUACAAACAACUGACUUUGGAAGAAGCUGAAGAGAAGAUGAAUAAAAGGAGAAGCAGUGCAACUGGGUAUGAACGAUGGAUGAUGAAGACAGCUACACAUGGAGCCGCCGCCUUUGGUUCGGAUCUGAAGGAUCUUGGUGAUGCAAAGGGCAAGGCGGCAGAUGGGGUCCAAUCCAAGAAAGAAAGUAGCAAUGAGGAUGGGAAUCACUCUGAUAAAGGCGAGGAGGACGAAGAAGAGGGAGUUGCAAAGAAAGCUGUGCGUGGGCUUUCUACGAGGGGUGUGGAUGAUGAAGAGGAUGGCGGAAAAGAAGACUUUGAUUUGGAGGAUGAGAUUGAGAUAGGUGAUGAUUGGGAGCAUGAAGAGACCUUCACUGAUGAUGAUGAGGCUCUGGAUAUUGACCCAGAGGAAAGACCUGAUGUAGCUGAUACUGAAAACCCUACUGGACCAGAUAUUAAGCAGGAUGAUGAUGAGAAUGAGCAAGGAGCUGGUGGUAACCUGAGCAAGUCCGGUAAGGAACUAAAAAAGCUGCUCCGCCGUGCUGAUGGACAAAAUGAGUCCGAUGACGAAGACGAUGGAGACACUGAUGAAGACGAGUCACCAUUGUCAGUACUUGCUCCAAAACUGGAACAUCAAUUCGGAAGUGAGCAACAGGAAAAUAACACUGCUAAACUAACAGCAACAGAACUUGCUGUUAGCACUCCACCUGCACCCAGGUCCAAUCAAAAAAGGAAAUCCGGAGGUGAUGGUGCAAAAACUUCGAAUCGUGCAGCGGUAAAAAAGCCGAAGGCAGAACCUGAGGCAAAAACAUUAGGUGUCAAGAAGGAGCCACCCUCUUCCGUGGAACCUAUUUCAAAAGCAUCUGCUUCAGCAGGGAGUGACACAGAUACAUCUGCAAUUACAGAGGAGGAAAUCAUAAGAGUACUUCGUGCAAUUGCUCCUGUCAGAUCACAAGAUUUUGUACCCAGGUUUAAGGCCAGAAUAAGAACUCCAGAGGACAAGAAACAUUUUCAUGACAUUGUGAUGAAAUAUGCGUACUCGCACAAGACCAACGGCGUCAGCUAUCUUCACCUUCGAAAGGACUUGUAAUGACAAGGAUUCUGGCUGGUUGACUUGGUAUUCAAAAUUGAAUUUUGACCAUUGAUAUCUUUUACGACGUAUGAUUACUAACUACAAUUGUUUUUAUAUUUAAUUAGUUUCAGAUAUGGAUCUAAUGGUAGCCUUUUUUUUUAUCACAAGUUAUAUGCCUUUGGACGUCAGAUAUGAAUCCAUGGCGAUGAUUUACGACGACAUAUCUACUGUUGGACUGUAUAUUUGUUGGAUAUAUUCUCGAAAUGCAUGACAAUAUAUUUUAACUUGAUCAGGCGAUAUUGACUGCUUAACUCGGCAUUGGGUAGCAGCAGCAUACAAGAAUUAGUUCAUUAUUAUGCAAUCCUCCAGUAUAUUAAAAAUAUCUUAUGUAAGAAGCUAUAUAUACCAAAAUAAGUUGUAUAGUACAGCCCCUCAGUUCAGACAAACGAAACCACUGGGCGGACGACAGUGGCCAGCUGAACUGUGCACGACACAGGAUGUGUACCAUCGUGCGAAAAUCGUCCAAAGUAUAUCGUGUGUGUAGCAGCGUUCUCAGACAAAUGAUGAACCGAUGACAAAAGCUCAUAGAUCAAAUGAUGAAUUAAUGAUGAUAAAUUAAAAAGGUAAUAUAAAUGCAUGUCACUUUGUUGAUAAGCCUGGACUGACUGAUUGUUUUAUCUUU